AUGCGUUCCUGGGGGCAGGCCGGCCCAGCUGGGGAUGCUUAUAAGCCCCACGGGGGCCCUGGAGGAGGCAGCAGGCAGGAGCUCAGCCCAGCGCAGCAUCCAGGAGCCCAGAGGCGGCCAGGUGCUGACAUGACAGUCGCAGCAGGACCCUCCCGGGGCUGGUUCCUGGGGAGCCUCCUCCUCAGCGUCACAGGAUGCCUGGCCUCCAUUGGCAGCAGCCGGAUCAUAGCCGGCGAGGACUGCAGCCCCUACUCGCAGCCCUGGCAGGCGGCACUGUUCACGGAAAACGGAUUUUUCUGUGGGGGCGUCCUGGUGCAUCCACAAUGGGUGCUGUCAGCCGCACACUGUUUCCAGAACUCCUACACCGUCGGGCUAGGCCUGCACAGUCUUGAUGACGACCAAGAACCAGGCGCCUGCAUGAUGGAGACCAGCCUUUCCAUACAGCACCCAGAGUACAACAAACCCUUUUACGCCAACGACCUCAUGCUCAUCAAGUUGAAAGAAUCGGUGUCGCAGUCUGCCACCAUCCGGAACAUCAGCAUCGCCUCCCAGUGCCCCACCGCUGGGGAUUCUUGCCUUGUCUCCGGCUGGGGGCAGCUGAAGAAUGGCAGGCAGCCCAACGUGCUCCAGUGCGUGAAUAUCUCAGUGGUGUCUGAGGAGAGCUGCAGUGCCCUCUAUGACUUCAUAUAUCACCCCAGCAUGUUCUGCGCUGGAGGAGGACAGGACCAGAAGGACUCCUGCAAAGGUGACUCUGGGGGCCCCGUGGUCUGCAACGGGUACCUGCAGGGCCUCGUGUCUUUUGGACAUGCCCAGUGUGGCCAACCCUACAUUCCAAGUGUCUACACCAACCUCUGCAAGUUCACUGACUGGAUACAGAAAACCAUCCAGGCCAGUUAA